GACAAUACCGUAUUAUCGUUGAUCGAUGCUGCAAGAGAUUCUAAUCAAAAUUUUAUUGCUAUCUACUUGAAUUCAUCAUAUCGUGAAAACGAUGAAGAUCAUGUGAAAUUAAUACAUAUUUUCAAUAAUCUCAAAUCAUUUAGAGAGCCAUGCGAAUGCAUAAGUUAUUUGGUUCAAAAUAAAGGAAAAACACAAAUUAUAUUGAUCGCUUCAAGCAUAUUAGCUUUACACGUCAUUCCACUAGUUCACGAUCGACCAGACAUUAUUCAUAUUUACAUUCAAUGUCAAAAUGAACAAGAAGAACAGUAUUGGACUGAAAAAAAUUAUUUAAAAGUUCAAAAUAGAAUUUUUAGUGACAAAAUCCUACUCUAUGCAGAUUUAAAAACAUUUGUAAUAACUGAGAAGGAUAAUGAACAGAAUUUACCGUAUAAAGAAAUAUUACCUAAACUGACUUAUUUUAAUGAAAAAAAUGACAAAAUUAGCGCAAUUAAAGAUUUAAAUAAAUAUUCAAUUGAUUUUAUUUGGUUUAAGUUAAUGAUUGAAAUUCUGUUAAAAAUGGCGAAUACUGACAGAGCAAAGCAGAUUAUGAUUCAAGUUAGUCGUAAAUAUUAUCGUGAUACUGAUAAAAAAGAAAAUGAUAAUAUAGAAAAUGAUAAUAUUAAUAAAUUUGAAUUGGAUCAAACUACUUCUGAUCAUGCAAUACAUUGGUAUACACGAUCAUGCUUUUGUUAUCGUUUGACAAAUAAAGCUCUCUGUACACAAGAUCCUGAUUGUUUAUUUACCUUUCGAUAUAUUAUCACCAAUAUUCAUAAGCAAUUAGAGAUUUUGUAUAAGCAGAAUCGUAAUGACACAUUAACACCAAUAGUUUUAUAUCGAGGUAAACUUUUAUGGGCUAUUACACUACACAAUUUGAAAGAUAACAUUGGUGGUUUAGUGUCAAUGAACGGUUUCGUAUCAGCCACUAGAGUUGAGCAAAUAGCAGAUAUUUACUGUAGUCGUGACCAAGAAAACGGAUAUGAACGAUCUUUUUUUAAAUUAAAUAUUGGUAUUGAUAGUCCAGUACCUUAUGCUUCAAUCCACAAGCACAGUGCAUUUCCCGAUGAACAUGAAGUCUUAUUUUCUAUUGGUACCGUGUGGCGAAUAAAAUCUGUGGAUCAAGGUGAAGAUAAAGUGUGGAAUAUUGUAUUAGAUUUAGUGGCGGAAUAUGAUGAAUGUUGUAUUGAGCUGACAAAUUACCUAAAAGAGCAGUUGGGUGAAGAGACAACAUUGUUAACAUUCGGGAAUUUUUUAAGUGAAUUAGGUGAAUAUGAAAAAGCUUUUCGGUAUUAUACGCUUCUCUUGGAGGAGUUACCUGACGAUGGUAAUGAACGUAGUACAAUUUAUAAUAAACUUGGUUGUUUACGAUAUGAACAGGGUGAAUAUUCAAUGGCUGAAGGAUAUUAUCGGAUAGCGAUAAGUUAUUUGAAAGAUAAAGAAGAGGAGAAUAUAGAAAUUAACGGUAAUCCAUUCGAAUCGAUUAAUGUACUUGUUUCUAAUUCUAUUAAUCAACUUCGAGCUGCUGAUUCAUUUCCACCUUCGACUACAACCACAUCCAAAUUCAGAUCAUUUGAUGAUAGAAUUGACUUAAUAACAAAACCACUAAAAGCCGAUCAUUCAUCAGCUGGUAAAAUCAGAAAUAAUCAAGGCCUUCUCUAUUAUGGUUAUGGAGAUUACAAGGCAGCUUUGGGUUAUUAUGAACAAGCUCGAAAACUAUUUGAAGUUGAACCAGCAAAAAAUGCAUAUGCACUUGAUCUAUCAGCCGUAUAUAAUAAUGAGGGUGUUAUUUAUCUUGAACAAGGAAGAUAUGACGAUGCUUUGGAUAGUUUUGAAAAAGCAAUUAUAAUUGCUAGUAAACAAUUCCCGCCUAAACAUCCUUGGAUACUUGAUUAUAUAAAAAAUCUAAAUGUAGUCAUAGAAAAACGAUAA